CCAUUUAGCACAUUCCAUAUCCAUCCAUCAUAUUUCAUCAUUAUUUCUCGUUCUACCUCGAGAGUACUAUGGAUAUUAUUGCAAUUUUAUUUUACACCUUCCUCUUUCUCUUAAUUACCCUCCUCUUGUAUCCAUUCAUAAUGAAACACAAUAAACACAGAGCCACGUCCAAGCCUAAGGUUCCCCCAGGUUCAAUGGGUUGGCCAUAUAUAGGAGAAACUCUUCAACUUUACUCUCAACAUCCUAACACCUUCUUUGCUUCUAAACAAAAAAGGUAUGGAGAGAUUUUUAAAACACGCAUACUAGGAUGUCAAUGUGUGAUGCUAGCAAGUCCUGAGGCUGCAAGAUUUGUGUUGGUGACUCAUUCUCAUUUGUUUAAGCCUACAUACCCCAAAAGCAAAGAGAAGCUUAUUGGUUCUUCUGCAUUGUUCUUUCACCAAGGAGAUUACCACACACGCAUUAGGAAACUUGUUCAAACCUCACUUUCUCCUGAAUCAAUCAAGAAAUUGAUCCCUUAUAUAGAAACCCAAGUUAUUUCCUCCUUGGAUUCUUGGGUUUCUACCGGACAAGUUAUUAAUGCUUUCCAUGAAUUGAAAAAGUUCUCUUUCAAUAUUGGUAUCCUCUCUGUCUUUGGUAACUUGGAAGGCAAUUAUAGAGAGCAGCUUAAGGAGAAUUACAACAUAGUAGAGAAAGGCUACAAUUCUUUCCCAAAUAGGAUACCCGGAACUGCAUACUCUAAAGCUCUUUUGGCGAGGCAGAGAAUUCGGGAGAUUAUAAGUGAAAUAAUUUGCAAGAAAAAGGAGCAGAGAUUGAUUGAGAAGAAUCUAUUAGGCAACUUCUUAAACUACAAGGAUGAAAAUGGACAAACUCUAACAGAUGAAGAAAUUGCUGAUAAUGUGAUUGGAGUACUAUUUGCAGCUCAAGAUACUACAGCAAGUGUUCUUACUUGGAUUCUCAAGUAUCUUCAUGAUCACCAGAAACUUCUUGAAGCCAUAAAAACAGAGCAAAUGUCAAUAUACGAAGCCAAUGAAGGAGGGAAGAUGCCAUUGAGUUGGGGUCAAACUAGAAAUAUGCCUAUUACUCAUAGGGUAAUAUUGGAAAGUCUGAGGAUGGCAAGUAUAAUCUCAUUUACUUUUAGGGAAGCUGUGGUUGAUGUAGUAUACAAGGGAUAUUUAAUACCAAAAGGUUGGAAAGUAAUGCCUCUGUUCAGAAACAUCCACCACAAUCCAGACUUCUACCCUGCUCCUCACAAUUUUGACCCAUCAAGGUUUGAGGUUACUCCAAAGCCCAAUACUUUUAUGCCAUUUGGCAAUGGAGUGCACUCUUGUCCAGGAAAUGAGCUAGCCAAAUUGAACAUGUUGAUUUUAAUUCACCAUCUAGUUACCAAAUUUAGGUGGGAGGUAGCAGGAUAUAAUCAAAGCGAAGUUCAAUAUAGUCCAUUCCCAGUUCCGAUGCAUGGUCUACCAACAAGAUUUUGGAGAGAUGAAUAAACUCAAGGAAGAUUAGCUAGAUUGAUGACAACAUUUAAUUAUAUUUUCCUAAUGUUAAGAUAAUGCAUGCAUGCAUGAGACCCUAACCUUGAUUGUAGUAGUAGCUAAUUUAUCUAAUAUUUUCUCAGUUCCUUUUUAAGUGUCAUAUUUGCUAAAAAAA